AUGAAAGAAGAAUCAGCAAAACGAGCUAAUCAAAAUGACAGUGAUCAGUACUGUGAAUUUCCUCUUCAUAAAAAAAUAAAGAAAGAACAUCACAAUUAUGAAAAUCUAUCAAAAGAUUUUGUAAUGAGUAAAGCAACAUACACACAACAAUUUUGUGAAAUAUACAGUGCUAGGAUAAAAGCUAUGAAAAGUUUGUUAAUGAAAACGGUUAAGAAAUUAAUAGAGGAUGGUAGUUCCAGUAACAGCUGCAAAGUUAAAUACGAAGGGAAGAACGUAGACGAGGUGGAAGUAGACACGAAAAAAGAAAAAGAAUACAAACUGUUACAGUAUUUAAAAGAAAUUAAAACAAAUGAAAGCUGUUAUUGUAUCGGAACGCUUUUUAAAAAAAUGGAACUAAGGCCAUCUAUUUUAAAUGAAUAUAUAAGCGAAAUUAACGAAUCGGAUGAUAUUGUCAUAAAUUAUUCACAUGAUGAAGACAUUUUAUUUUUAGAAGAUGAGACAGCGAGGUUAAAACUUGAAGGAAAGAUAAAUAGUGAUUAUUAUGUUACAGGUUUAACAGUAAUUAUUAAAGGAACUGGUAUGAGUAAUGGAUCUUUAUAUGUAGAUGAGUUGAUUUAUUCUUAUAUACCAAAAUUGGAAAUUCCAAAAUGUAUUACUAAUGAUGAUAAAUAUAUUAUGUUCGUUUCAGGACUGUACAUAAGUGAAAACAAUGAAAACAAUGAAAAUGGUAAUAAGGCUUCAUUAUUAAAAGAUUUCAUUUUAGGAUUAUAUGGAGAUAAGCACUUAUCUGAAAACAUAAUCAGACUAAUUAUUAUUGGAAAUUCUCUUCGAAAUGUCGAUAACGAUGAAAAAGAUAUGAACACCAUUGACUUAUUUCUUGCUUCUCUAUGCUCAUCUGUUUAUGUUGACAUAAUGCCAGGAGAAAAAGAUCCAAGUGAUGCCAUAUUACCACAACAGCCAUUUCCUAAUUUAUUUUUCAAAACGGCCAAAAAUUAUAAUUCUUUUCAGUGUGUUACCAAUCCGUACAUUUUUUCAGUCAACAAUGUAAAUAUCUGUUGCAUGUCUGGCGAACCUGUUAAUAACAUUGUUUCUUAUUCCAAAAAUUCAAAAUUAGAUGCACUCAAAAUAAUAGCCCAGAGUAGAAUCUUAUCUCCAACUUCGCCUGAUACAUUGGGUUGUUACCCAUUCAUUCAAAACGACCCAUUUUGUUUACAAAAUGAUGACAAAUAUCCACACAUUUUCGUUAGCGGAAAUUCCACGCAAUUGGAAGUGCAAUACAUGAACGAGGAAAAAAAGUUGCCCAUGCUCGUAUGCCUCCCAAGUUUCGACCACUCCCCGAAGGCUCUCCUAGUCAACAUAAAAAACAUGGAACACACAACCUUGUCCUUCGACAUAUGA